AUGGCUUUUGUAUUUUAAGCAGAAAGAAAUAUGCUAAAUAAACCUUCUGGAGCACCUCCUAAUGUAAAACAUAUUUAACUGAAAUAGGUUGGUCCUGGUAGUUAUCUUUCACAUGAAUAAUUCAAAAUAAAGUAUGGCAAUGCUCCAUUCGAUACACAAGUUACAAGAACUCAACCAUUAAGAUAAGAUAAUUCUCCUGGACCUGGAAGUUAUAAUAUCUAAAAUGAAGUAUAAGGGUACAUUAUCUUAAUCAUCUUAGACAAAAUAUAGUGUUGCAAUCUUCAUAAUCUGAUGUAAAGGUAGUUGAGAAACCAUAACCUCAGUCAGUAUUUGCAUCCUAAACUAAACGAUUCUAACAUCCUAAAACAAUGCUCUCUCCUGGGUAUUUGCUUAUUUUUAAAAGGAUUUAAGACCUGGAACAUAUGAUACUAAUAAUAGCGGAACUAGAGUUAUUCAAUAAUAGUAUACAUCUUAACAUUAUAUUGAAACUUUAAUGAAAAUGAAUAAAUAUCAAUCAAUACCAUCUAUACCUUCCUCAAAUUAAGUAUAUGGUUAUAUAGAGAAAGGAAGUAAUAAUAAUUAUUUUAAUGACUUUUAGCUCAUGAUUUGGAAUUAAACAAUUUUCCAUUUUAAUAAUUUACUGGUCUUAAAUAAGAUUCAGUUGGUCCAGGUUAAUAUGAUGUUAAGGAUGCAUUUGAAUAAAAUAAAUAUAAAGGAAGUUUUUGGCAUAAAUCCAAAGCUCCAAGAUUAGCACCAACAAUUUCAAAAGAAAAAGAAUUAAUGGUAGGACCUGGAACAUAUGAUCCAAAUGCAUCUGUUGUACCAUUGCAUAAAUUAAAUCCAUCUGGAAAUUUUUAAUCUAAAUCUCAAAGAUUAUUUGAUUCUACUAAAGAAGAAAAAUAAAAAUAAUUUAUGAAAAUCUUCUUUGAUAAAUAAAAAGAUAUGAUUUAAAAGAAUGGAGCAAAUUAUUUAGAAGAUGAUGAAUAUAUAUUUUGUGAUGUAUACAAUUUUAUUAUAAAUUUCAAGGAUACAACCCCAGGACCAGGAUAAUAUUUAGGAAAUACUUCAAAUCAAUCAGCUAUUUCAACUAAUACACAAUCUACUACUAAAAUGGGAAAAAAUUGUUUUGGAUCUAAAAGUAGAAGAUUUCAAGAAAAAAAAAUGCCUUGUUAUGUAGGUCCUGGAGAUUAUGAAUUAGAAAAAGAUAUGAUAAAGGAAGUUAUAUCAUAAAAGUAACCUCCUUUUCAAUCUACUAAUUUACGUUUUGAAGUUAAAGGAUAAGAAAAGCGUCCAGGACCAUAAACUUAUAAUCCAAAAAUUACAGUAAUUUAUAUUAUCAUAUAGUUAGUUGGAGGAUAAAUUAACCAAGAAAUUAGAAAGAGCCCCUGUUGGUAAUUUUGGAUCAAAUUAAUAGAGAUUUAAACCAUAAGAAGAUGAAGUUCCAGGUCCAGGAACAUAUAAUUAAAACAAUAAGAAAGUUAAAGGAAUUGCAUCUGUGUUUACUUCAAAAACUAAAAGAGCAGAUGCAGCCUCUAUUCCUAAAGAUAAUUUCCCUGCUCCAGGUGCAUAUGAUGUUAAAAAUUAUACUAUUGAAUAAACAACAAAAAUUGAAAAAGAGGAGGAUCCUGAUUUGGCUAUUUAUAAACCAGCAUUUGGAUCAUCUUUACCAAGAUUCAUGCAUAAAGAAAAGAAAGCAAUAGAUGAAAUAGAAGAUGAACAAGAAGAUGAAUAAAUAAGAAUGCAUAAUAGUUCAUCAUUGUUUUAGAAAAAAAAAAAUCCACAUCCACCUUUUAAUAUUAAAGUAAUAUAUAUAUUGAUUAAAUUUAAUUAGGAAAAUAGAUUUAAUUAUGAAAAAAAAGAUGAUUAAUUACCUGGUCCAGGUGAGUAUUUUGAUCCAAAAGAAAAUGCCUGGAAUAAAUCUACUUUUAAUAUUUUAUUCUAAGAAAUAUGA